GGUAUGCAACUAUCGAUGUGUGCAUCGAUAUUUACCUAAUUUCGCAACUGCAAACCACGGAGAAACAACAAACUCCGUUUGGAUCGUUUGGAUUUCGCUCCUGGUAUUUGCUAAGUGCGUGCGUUAGACUCUCGCCAGAAUCCCCGACAAGCUGGAGAAGUGGAAGAGAACGCGGAGCUCCACCAAGAAAAUGGAUGAGCGGGGUGGCGGGGGCGGUAGCGGUAGCGGGAGCGGCAGCGGUGGAAACGGAUCAACAAACACAACGAGCAACAACAAAUCAGCUGCUGGGGCUGCUGCUGGUGCUUCGGGGACGGCUCCCCCAGAUAAGCCAACAAUACUGGAAGGAGUCCUCCACAACAUCUUCGAUGGGUUCACCGACAAAGAGGAGCAGGUGCGCUCCGCCAUGCAACAGGCGAUCGUCAAGAUCCUGGAGACGCAUCCCGAACGAGCGGCCGACAUCCUGAGCGAGUACCGCUCCCAACAGCCCAAGAUGAGCGACCACACCGUGUCCAUGAUGCUAGAUUGUAUUCGUCAUGUGGUGGGAGCGGAGCAGCCCCUGCCGGCGGCUGCCAACGAAAAGCUAAUCAACCUGGCACUCCAGGAGCUCAUCCGGAGUCCCGACCAUGUGCCGCUGAUACAGAAUCCCGCCCAGCGCAUACUGGUAGCCAUCGGUCGGACCAGCUCCGACGGCUGCGCCCAGGUGAUGGAAGCCCUCCAGGCAAAGGGCAGCCACACCGAGGGGGUGCCCCACUUCAUGUUGAUGCAGUGCCUCGGGCUGCUGGCCACCGAGCACCCGGCAGGAGUGGUGCCCCACAUCAAGGCCAUACUGGGCAGGUGCCAGCCGCACCUGGGCGGAAUCCGGCAGGAUCACAUCAAGCAGGCCCACGCCUACGCCAUCGGGCGCUUUAGCGAGGCGCUGCUGGAGGAGGGGGAGCACGGCGAGAAGGAUAACUGCUCCACGGAGAUCAGUGUGGCGUACGACGUGCUCUUCAACCAGUGGCUCCACUCCCGCGAGCCCAAGGUGUGCGUGGAGAUCCUGCAGGCGCUGUCCAGCAUGUACCCCCUGCUGCCGAAGGAUCGGAUUCAGGACCAGGCGGCGCGACUGGUGCCGCAGAUCUUCGCCCUCUACCGACGCAGCGUGGACAGGAAUGCGGUGACUCAGUUCCUGUGCUCCGUGCUGAAGACGAAUCUCGCCAUCAAUGCUCAGGUGCUGGACGCCAUCCUGGACACGCUGAUCUCGCACCUGUUUGACCUGGUCUGCGUCUAUCCGGACUACGAGAAGCCGCAGACCGUGAAGGGCCACUACGAGGUGCUGCGGUGCUUCCACCUCCUGGCCAGCCAUCAGGCCUACUCCGCCCGGAUCAUGGAGACCCUGCUGAUCCACCUUCGCAACAACAGCGAGCGGGAGCGGAUGAAGUCGCUGCUGAUACUGACGCACCUGCUCAACUCCUGUGCGGGCAACAUCGAGAGCCGGAUCCCGGCCAGCAUCGAGUGCCUGAAGCAGCUGAUCCUCUCCGAGAAGGGCAUCAAGAUGAAGCUCACACUGCUGAAGACGAUCGUGGCCCUGGCCCAGAAGGCCCACAUCCGGGACAAGGAGUUCGUCUGGUUCGUGGUGCGUCACAGCUGCAAGUACUCCAAGUCGAACCAGGAGCAUGGCAGCCACGAGGAGCACGCCAACCUGGCCCUCAGCUGCGAGAACACCCUCUACAUGCUGGCCUCCACGGUGGGCACGCUGGACGAGCUGCUGAAGCGGGAGCUGCUCAACUACUUCAUCCUGCUGGACUACACCGACAUCUGCGGCAACCUGGCCAAGUGCCUGGCCAGCCUCUUCGCCAAGUCCCCGCACAUCGAGUACGACAUAGCCGGCGACGAAGCAGCCCACGCGGACAAUCCGGUGGGCGAUGGAGCAGCUGGCGAGGAUCGCAGUGUGGUGAAGCGGGGCAAGGUGAUGGUGCCGGGAGCGGAGACCAUCUACGCCAGGUGCCUGGCUCUGCUGGGCAACCAGCAGUGCAUCAAACGCUGCUCGAACAUCCUGAGCUUCCUGCGCUACUACCAUCCCCAGGUGAACCCCGCCCUGGAGGAGCUCUGGGAGCGACGAAUCCCGGACCUGCAGCUGCAGAUCAACCGGGAGAGUGCCUACCGGCAGCAGCUGCACGACUUCGUCCUGGAGACCAACGAGUUCCUGGGCGGACUGGACGAGAACUUUGCCCAGCGCAUGGCCAGCAAGCUGGCCGACCAGAUAUACUUGUACCCCAUCACCCUGCCGCACUCCGAGUGGCAGCUGCCCGAUCUGAGCGCCGAGCGGGGCAUGCUCCUGCAGGCGGUGGCCCUGACCCUGCUCCAGGUCACUGACGUGGCCUGCAUUCACACCAAGAUCGAUCUCAUUGUGACGAGCGCCCGGCAGGAGCGCCUGGACAAGCACGUGAAGCACGCGGACUACGAGCGCAAGAUAGAGUCCUGCGCCCGGGCUCUGGGCUACAUCUCGCGGCAGCACCUGGGCCACCUCGUCAAGAAGCUGACCGAACUGGCCCAGGUAGGUGGGCGGAAGCACUCGACCGGCUUCUUCAGCAACCUGCACUUCAUCAAGGACACUCACAAGGAGCUGGAGAACUACAAGAGCAACCUGCUGGUGGUGAAGGCCUUCGGCCACAUCAUGGACGAGGCGGAUCCGCUGCAGUCCCUGCAGCACCUGGACGAGGACGACACGCUGCUGGGCUUCCUCAUGCAGCAGCUGGCCAUGCACAAGGACCAGACCAUCAUGUCGGCCAUCCUGCAGACGUUGCUGAGCAUCUGCAACCAGUUGAUCGCCACCAAGGAGCAGCUGCCGUCGCCGCUGCGCCACCGCAAGCAGAUCAUGGAGACUGUCUUCAGUAUACCCAUUGAGGCGCCCUUCAACGACCUGCCCCUCCUUCCCACGAUCCUCAAGCUGGGCACGGACUUCAUACGGAUAGGUGGCCCCGACACCGCCGAGUGCGUGGAUGGCGGCGUCAUCUUCGAGAUCGCCUGCCGCAACUUCUUCGGCUGCGCCCAGCAGCUCAAGAUGAAGUUCGACUCCCAGGAGGAGGACGAGCGCAACAGCUUCCUGGCCAAGCACCUGAACGAGUCGCUGCCGCAGCUGAACGCCCUGGUGCGCGCCAUCGUGGAGCUGGACGCCUCGCCGGCCACCCUCGACCUGAUCAUUGGCAUCCUGGAGGGCUGGACCCGCGACCGCAACUCCGAGGUGCGAAUCUGCGCCAGCCACGUCUUCAACAACACACUGGAGGUGUACAUCAAGGCGAUGCGGAUUGGGUGCGAGGCGCCAUCGAAGUUCAACCAGACUGGGCAGAUGCUGGGCAAGAUCGUGCCCAGGUGCAUCGACUCCAACGGGACCGUGCGCCAGGUGUCGGUGGAGAUCCUGCAGAAGACCCUGGAGAUAGCCUGCAUCUACGAGACCCUGACGAUAGCCAGCAUCGACAGCAACGCUGACUGGCUGAAGGAGAUCGAGGCCAUCAAGGAGCACAUCAUCACGGACGAGCCCAAGCAGAUCUACAACCUGGCCGGGGACAUAGCCAAGAUAAUAGCUCUGAGAAUCUCCAGCUUCCAAUAUCUUCAGUUUUGCAAGACCCUCCUGUACUCACUGAGGGAUCCCGAGCAGAGCUCCACCAUCGGAGCCAGUGUCGUGCUGAAGUUCUUCAUCCAGCAGAAGGGCUCCGAGCUCUUCCACGCCAUUCCCGACCUGGUGCGCGACAGUCUGGUGGCUCUGCAGCUCUGCGAAGUGCCGAGGGCCAAGUCGGGCGUUCUCAAGGCACUGGUGGCCCUCACCAAGCACCAUCCGAAGCUGGUGUGUGCCGAGAUGCUGGCGCAGCCGCUGCCGUUCGACCCCAACCUGGUGGAGUACUGGCAUCUGGUGUGCAACGACCCGGAGCUGACGGGUCUCAUGCUGGACAACUUCCUGCAGCUGCUGAGCGGAGCUGCCCUGCAGGAGGGCGGUGGCUCGGAGACGCCCUCGUCGCAGGAGCGCCAGAAAAUAGCCAGUGCCCAGCCCUUUGCCAUUUUCUGUGCCCUCCACGAGAUGCUGCCGUGCAAGGACAUCAAAGAGCAACUGGAGCAGCGUUUCCCGGACAUGUUCAGCAUGUUGCUCACCUCCCUGAGCAGCUACACGAACCUGGCUGCUCCCAAUCCUCCCGUGAACGCCUCCGCCAGUCCCAAUCAGCCGCAGUCCGGCAAGUCCAAGUUCGGUUUUGUGCCCAACAAGGAGCUGGUCAAGCUCAAUCCCUGCCAAAUAGUUCUGGAAUCGUUCCAGGCCUUCCUCACCAAUCUCGAGAUGGAGCAGAUCGCCGGAGUGUUGAGCGUCAACUCGCAACUGGCGUGCAGUGUGGACUGGCACAGCUACAUCGAACUGCUCACGCCCAUGGCCAUUGGCCUGGGCCAGCAGCUCCAGCUGGGCAGUCCCCAGAUGCGGCAGCUGGUCAACUCCCUGAGCAAGUACGUGGCCUCCCCGCACGACGGCCAGCGCGUGGCAGCCGUGGGUCUCUUCUCGCGCCUGGUGCCCCUCAAGCCGCCGGGGGAAUUGACCGCCACGAUCCUGUCCCACCUAGGAGCCGCCCUGUCCGACCCCAAUGCCGUGGUGCGGGGCCUGAGCAUCCAGGGCAUGGGCUAUGUGGGCCAGCUGGCGGAGAAGGAGGCGAAGCGGUACUCGGAAACGGCCAUUGGGGCCUUGCUGAAGGGCGUGGAUGACCCGGUGGGCGACUGCCUGAUCAACAUUCCGCUGGAGAGCAUGCGCGGCCUGUCCGGUAUCCUCAGAGCCCUGCCCGGCGAGCGGGUCGAGUCCUUCCACGUCUCCCUGGCCAUCCGCAUCCGCCCGUUCCUGGGCAACUACGCCCUCGAGAUGCGCGAGGCGGCCAUCCAGCUUUUCGGUGACAUCUGCGAGGGCAAGCACGACGACGGCAGCAGCUCGCCCACCUCCUCGAUGGAGGCACUCCGGGAGCAGCUGGUGGCCAACCUGUUUCCUCUGCUCCUCCACCUCAGCGAGAGCGAGGCGGCAAUUGUGGCCGCCUGCCGGGGCACCCUGCAGCGGGUGUGCCGCCUCCUGCCGGCCCCCAAGGUGGUGGAGCUGGCCCAGCAGCAGUUGGGCGAGGAGCGAGGACACCAGCUCAACUACAGCAGCUUCGUCCUGGAGUUUGUGAAGCUGAUUGCCAUGGAGCUGACCGAUCACAUCCAGGACUUUAUUGACUCCUGCCUGCCGCAGUUGCGCAGCCAGUGGCCGGAGGUGCGAGGCAGUGCAGCCAUAGUGAUUGGAAUCCUGCACAACUUCCUCAGUGAAAGGAAUGUGCAAACGGAAGCGGUGGCCGGAAAGAUAGCCGUUCUCCUGAAGGACGAACAGUCGGCCGUGCGGAUGAGGGCGGCCACCGCCCUGGGCUACUUCUUUGGCGACAUAUGAGCGGAGCUUAGGGGACCAACCAACCAAAAAUAACUCGAUUAACUGCAUGUCCUUGUGUGUCUCGUGUCUGUUUGUAACAUUAUGAUUAGUAUUCCUCCGAGUGUGAUCCCGUUGCCUCAGCAAUUGUUCCCCUAUUAUGUUUUUGAUAUUUAACUGUUUGUUCUGUUAUGUAAUCGAAGAUCGCGUUAUAUACUAUACUAUAUACACAUACCAUUAUUUAUAUACAACUAUUACGAUAUACAUAUAUAUUGCUGUUUUUUGUGAAGCGCCUUACCACCACAGGACACUCUGUUUCCGUUUCCGUUUCUGUUUCUGUCUGGGUGUUGGAACUGAAAGGACUGAUUUGAUAACAAAUCUUUAUUUACAGAAGAUUCUGUUAUGGACAAUAAUUCUUAUUCAGCAGAUCUUGCGAAAGUACUUCCACAAGACACCCCCUAGAAGUCACAGACAUGCCAAAGAAUGAGGCACUCGACUUGUGCUUUUUUAAAUUCUAUAUUUUAUUUAAAAUGUGAUGUAGUUUCUACUCGUAUCCCACUCUAGGGAGCUGUAUUAUGGCCAACAUUCUUCAACUUCAUUUGUAUUUUUGGUGGAGUAUUCACAGACGGAUGUCCUGCGGUUGUCCUGCCUUCAACUCUUCCGAGUUCUCUAAUCUUUAAAGUCAAUUACCCAUCACCCCUCCUUGUGUGGACUUGUGGUUUCCCAAAAAUAUCAAGUGUUACUUUAUUCAAUUGUGUACUAACACUUAGAAGAACCAAAUAAAGAAUAAACUAUUCCAAAAACAA